AUGGCCAUAGAAGGCGUCGACACUGUCAGGCAGUAUGUCGGCAGAGACAUCGCUGAUCAAACCGCCUCUCCUGGAAGAGACAAGGUCGAGGUCGAGAUCAGUCAGCAACCUGGUCCGGCGUCUUCUUCCGAGUUCACUCCCCCCAAUGGCGGUCUCGAAGCAUGGCUGUUGGUUGUGGCUUUGUUCUUGAUUUUCGCUAAUACCUGGGGCACGACGUCAACGUUCGGUGCGUUUCAAGCAUACUAUAUCCGCGAGCUCUUGUCCACCGAGUCGACGUCUACCAUUUCAUGGAUCGGAAGCGUACAGGCUUUCCUUGUCGUCUUCGUCGGUGUCUUUGCGGGCCCGCUGUUCGACAUGGGCUUGAUCCGACCUAUGGUGUUCGGUGGGUCGUUUCUCACCGUCUUCGGCAUGUUCAUGACCAGCAUAUCACGCUCUUACUACCAGGUCUUCCUGGCCCAGGGCUUCUGUAUCGGUCUCGGCUCCGGUCUGACAUACGUCCCGACCCUCGCGAUAGUGUCCAAGUACUUCACAACCAGGCGGCCCAUUGCGAUCGGCGCAGGAGCCGUCGGCUCGAGCGUUGGGGGUGUGGUCUUCCCGAUCAUGUUUCGCAAGUUACAGCCGCAAAUCGGCUUCGGCUGGACGGUGCGGUCUCUGGCCUUUAUCAACCUGGCCUUCGCCAUCGCCGCUUGCAUCAUCCUAGGCCGGCAUGCUGGUCAGACUCGGCAAGCGCGGUCAUUGAUUGACAUUGCCGCAUUCCGGUCUACGGUGUUUGUGCAAUGGUUUCUAGCCCUGUUCCUGCUGUACUUGGCAUAUUAUGUCCCGCUGUUCUUCAUCGUGUCUUACUCUCGAUACGGAUUGGGCACGGGCGAAGACUUUGCCUUCUACAUGUUGGCAGUGGUGAAUGGCAGCUCCAUCCUUGGACGGACCGUUCCUUACCUGCUCGGGCAAAAGGUCAAACCUCUUUACACGCUCCUCUUUGCCUCUCUCCUCGGAGUCAUCCUCCUCUUCUCCUGGAUUGCUGUUCACUCCCGCGCUGCUUUUGUGGUGUGGUGUGUACUUUGGGGGUUCGUGGCCGGGGUGCUUGUCACUGCCCCAACGUCAACUGUUGCGCAUCCUCUCUUGUCCCCCUCGCUGGAUGUGGUGGGAACUCGACUUGGUAUGACCUGGUCUGCGGCGUCCAUCGGUACUGUGAUUGGUGCACCGAUAGCCGGCGUUUUGGUGGACGUAUCAACCGGGAAUUUCCUCCAUGGGCAGGUCUUUGGUGGUGCUGCCAUGGCUGCUGGUGCGGCUUUUUUGAUCUGGCCAUUGAUUUCAAUUGAACGCUAUGAUAGGAAGAAAGGCUGA